AUGGAUGUGCCUGACCAACGUAUCAUUGAUCGACUCGCCUGCUACCGCAACGACAAGCGGGACAAGGAGCAGGUCCUCAGCAUCAUCAAGAAUAACGGCUGGGCCAUCCGCUAUGCUCCACCGCUCUUCCGGAACUCCGAGGAGGUCUGUGUGGCGGCCAUGAAGACCUAUGGUUUGGGAUUGGAGUUCCUGUCGCCCCUCAUGCGGCGCAACGAGAAGGUGGUGAAGGCGGCGUUGAGCCACUGCGGCAUGGCGUUGAUCUUCGCUCCCGAAGAGCUUCGCAGUCGACGGGACGUCGUGAAGCACGCGCUGCAGAUGCCUGGCACGAGAGUGAAUGCCGGCCUGGCGUUGGAGUUUGCACAUCCAGACCUGCAACUCGGACGUCCAAAGGAGGAGGGCCCAGAAGAUGAAGAAACUUCCUGCCAAAAUGGCCUUAGGUAA